AUUUCAUUGAAAAAAUUUAAUUUAGUUUACGCAUUUUUAUUCUAAUUGACAUCACCAUGGCCAAGUUUUAAAAUUUCAAAUAAAAUUCCCUUUUGAGGAGCCUUUUCCCACAAAGGAUAUUUCUUGUUGCACACUGAGCAUGUCAAAAAAAAUCUACAAGAAGAAAAGAAAAAAUUCACAUCUUCUCGUAGAAGAAGAAGUAGCAGCAUUUUUAUCGGGUGUGGUGUGUGGUUUCUUGAUUUUUCCCACAAUUUUUAUAUUCCUUGAAUCCUUAAUUAAUUUCGUGUUAAUCCAAAAAAAAAAAAAACACAAAUACAAUACAAUUCGUCGUCGUUCUCUGAUUUAAAGUAGAAAAAGUAAUCCAAUUGCAAUGGAUCUUUAAAGUUAUCGGUUCAUUCCCAGCCUGGAACUUAUCCCAGAACAGAAAAAACAAUUAAAAUUGUAAAGAGUCAAUUAUAAUCCGUCCUCCCUACCUCGAAAAAAGCAUCCUUCUUCCCAACGCAAUGGAAAGCAAUGAGAUUUCAAUGUUUAUGGACGUGAAGAUAGACAUUCAUGAUAAGAAGUCUGAAGCCCUCAAAUUUAAGUCAUGGAUGAAAUGUCUGGUUAAAAUCGAAGCAAUCAAAUGUCUUCCUUGUUUCCUGCGCAUCACUUUUAUACGAAAUGUUGAAGAUGAGGCAGCCAACUUAAGUGUGUCGAUUAAUAUUCCUGGCAUUACGAUCAGUUUGGCAUCGUCGAGGACCAAACAAUAUUCGUAUGGAAUAUUUUGGAUGCAAAAUCGAAAAAGGUGUUUUAUAUAUUUUGCAGUUGACUCAGAGUCUAGUUGCCGCCGCCAUAUGAAAUGGAUGAAGAAAUCUAUAAAGAAUCUCGAAUUGCAUCGUCAGAUAUUUCUUGAAACACGGCGUUCAAGUCGAGGUCGUCUUGAAGGAACAUCAACUAGUAAAAUGGGAAAACAAAAUUUACAAGCUAUUUUAGGGCCACUGCCUAAAAUUCCAGAUGCUGAUAGUAUAAAUUGGUCAAGACGUGUUUCUGGAAUGUCCGGCAUUUACGAGGAAAUUCCUGAUGGAGUAGAUACAAAAUUAGGACAACAAUCACGUGGAUCAAUUGCAUCUGGAAUAUAUGAGGAAAUGAAACCAGCACCUAUUGAUUGCAAAGCCAUUAGAGAGGAGGCCCUUGAACCAGCCCCACCACUCCCACCACGAAAACGUAUCAACACUUUCGAACAGGACGUUGGCGGCAUUCCCCGCUCCAAUACAAAUCCCGAAUCCGAAAUGGCCAAGAAGAAAAAAUACAAAAAUGUCUUGGAAAACAUAUUCGGCCGUUCGAAACGUUCUGAAAGUGUUAGCGAAGGUCAGGUAAGUAAUGCUGAAGAUCUUAUCAAAUGCAGUCCGGACAAAGAACAGCCACCUGAACAAUUCUACGCAAAUACACCCAAUAGUCAUUUGCGUCCCAAACAAAACAACACAUCAUUGGCCGCUCGCAAAAAAGCAAUGGCCAACAAACGCAAUAGUUUCUCCAGCCCAGAUUUAUCCAAAUUCAAUGUUUUUGAUGAUUUAUCUAAUUUGGACGAAAACAUAUCAUUAUCAUCGGAAUUGUUGCCAAUUGAAAAUCUUAAUGAUUCUGCUAUAGAAAUUGUUAUACACAAAGAUGAAGAAUCGUUGUCACCGAAACGUGAUUCUUUGGAGAGUUUAAAUAUAUCCGAGCAAAUUCAACCGAAUUUUAAUUUCUCAUGCAAUUCAUCAACUGUGAAUCUAGUUGGUUCGAAUUUAAAUAUAAAAAGUAGUCAACAGCAAGUUCUAAUUGAUGAUAAUUCUGGUUACUGUGCCAUGGCACCGAUUGUCAAGGAACAGUCCUCAGAUAGUGACAAGGAAAAUGAUGAUGAUCAAAAAGACGACGACGAUGACGAUAAAACGAAUGAAGGACAAGAAUCCCACAAUGAAAGUGCCGUCUAUGAAAAUAUGGCCAAUUCGUCAGCUUUAAAUAAAUCAUCACAUCUCUAUGAAAACAUUGGAAUAUGUCUGUCAUCCGGUGGAGACAAACCCUCUGCUGAUCUUGAUGAGAGUUACUAUCAAACGCCACGCAAAUCCAUUAUAAGCAUUGAUGAUAAAGUUCCAUCAUACUAUCCGAAUAGUUGUGACACAGCCAAGACGCGACGUCGCAGUCCAUCGAUUGCCGAAAAAACAACAAAUUCGAAUAACAAUCUUCGUCAUUUGGCAAAUAUUAAAGUCAUUCGUCGUGAAAAUCUCUACAUAUCAUCCCCGCAAAAAAUCAUUGAUCAACGCAUGCGGUCCACAGCCGCAGUUAGCGGUGAUAGUAUUGACAAUCAUGGAACUCCUUCGAAAAAGUCAUCAUCUUCGCCUCUAAUGGCGAGAAAAAUAUCCGAAAAUGUUUACACCGUAACACGGCAUGGAAUUGAUGAAUUUGGCGAACAUCAAUUAGCCCACAGUCAGUCCCAGAGAAUUCUAAAUCUAGCUGCUUUGCAAAAUAUCGACUUUAAAUUCGAUGAUACUAAAAACGAAUCGGAUUUGAAAAAUAAUUGCAUGCAAGGAUCGGAAAGUGCCUCGAGGAUCUAUCAAAAAUAUGCUACCUUGGCGAGAAUCACUCCAAAUAAUAAAUACAUUGAUAAGUGUUCGAAAUCCAGCAAGACUAAUACAACAAAUAAUGAUCUCAGUAAUGUGAAAAAGUUCACCUCCUUGCCUAGAUUUAAGAAAAUUGACUUUUCUCCACUUAAAUUGAAGAUCAAUAAUGUUUUACAACGUCAUCAUAAUAGUGAAAUUUGAAGUUCUUAUCUAGGUAUGAUUUAAGUCUUUUCAUAGAACAAAAUGCUGCUGCGCAACAUAUCAUAGUUAAAUACUACUUUUUUAUCAACCCAAAAAAAGCGCUUCAUCUUCUUUUUAUUUGUAAAGCGCUAAAAAUCCAAUGCUCAAUUUUAUAGUAGCCCAGGUAAAUAGAAAAGAAAUUUUUUUAAUAUCCAGUGUUGAUAAGAUGUCAAAAUGUGUAUUACACUAUUGCUAAAAGCAAAAUUUUAUAUAUAAUUCUUUUUUUAAUUUUGAUGUUGAUUUUUUUUUUAAUUUUAAUGUUGAUUUUUUUUUUCUAGUUUUUAUUGUUUUAUUUGUUGUUAUUUAAAAAAUCUCUUUAAGAACAAACAUAACUCGAAAACAAAAAUUGCAAUUGUAUAAAAAAAAAGAUUGAAAAUUGUUUAGAAAUCACAUUAAAAAAAUCAUUAUUUUAUCUUAAUUUUUGGUUCUUUGUUAUUAGUAUUUCUAUCAGAGUAAGGUUGUUUUUUUUUUUUCAAACUAGUCUCUUCUUGAUUCCUUGAUUGUCAUAUUUAACGUUGAACGCUCCAUAAUGCUUACCUAGUCUGAAGUACAUUUGAUUUCCGUUUGAUUUUCCCAACUCAAAGACAUACUUUACCAAACAAAUAAACCAGUAAACGACUUAAGAACUUCAUUUUACGUCACACUUUUUCUGCCAGGUCUCUUGAAAACCGUCUCUUAAGGAAUUUUGGUAAAUAAUUCUAGCGUACCAGGAAAUGUUGUAAUUCUUAUCGUAAUUGAGGGUGUAAACGACUUCAUAAAACAGACCUUAUUUCGUAUUUGCAUUGUGGACAGAACUCUGGAAUUUCUUUACAUUCACAUUUCUGACAAACAUUGAUAAUGUUCUGAAGUGAUGUUCUUUUUUUUCUUUGAAAAUAAAAUUAUUAUUAUGAAA